AUGAAGCAGUCAUUGCCUUCACUCAUUUCUUCAAAUCAAAGUGCUUUCUUGAUUGGACGUGACUUAGCUGAUAAUGUUUUGCUUGCUCAGGAAAUUGUUAACGGCUAUAGUAGGAAAAAUAUCUCUCCCAGAUUUGCAUUGAAAGUUAAUCUCAAGAAAGCAUUUGACUCUUUACAUUGGAGUUUUAUUUUUCAAGUCUUAAGGGUAUUGGGUUAUCCGAAAGAAUUUAUAGCAUGGACUGAAGCUUGGUCAAAAGGGGUCUACAUACGUUUAACUCAUCUUUGUUUUGCUGAUGACCUUUUGAUCUUCACUAAGGGCAACCUGGAAUCUAUCUUAGUAGUUGGUAAUGUAUUGGAUUUAUUUUAUAAAAUGUCAGGGCUUCAUGUGAAUUUUUCCAUAAGUGAGUUAUAUAGUGGAGGGGUUGUCUCAAUUGAGUUGCUUUCAAUUGUGGAAACUACUGGGCUGAAGAUUGGAACACUCCCAGUACGUUAUAUUGGGAUUCCACUUGUUACACGAAGCUUGAAGAAUGGGAACUGUGAUUCUUUAGAGGAAAAGAUUACUAAAUGCAUUCAAAGUUGGGCUUCUCGAUGCUUAUCUUAUGCUGGCAGACUCCAACUUAUUCAAUUUGUUUUGUUUAGUAUGCAAAACGUUUGGUGUCGUAUUUUUCUUCUUCCCUCUAAAGUUGUUAAAAAGGUGAAUAAGCUGUGCAGUUCCUUUCUUUGGAAAGGACAUGAGCUUUCUGCUAAGGGUGUCAAAGUUGGUUGGGAUAAGGUAUGCUAUCCUAAGGUGGAAGGUGGUCUUGGUCUCAAGAACCUUUCGGUUUGGAACAAAGCUUGCAUGAUGAGAUGUUUGUACCUUCUCCUAAUCAAGGCUUGGUCUGAGCCAUAA